UUUUUUUACUUCUUUAUUAAAAUUUAUUUAUGGAAACAAGUAGACAAUAUACACUUAAACAAAUCAGUGAACAUAAUACGGAACAGUCUUGUUGGAUUGUAUAUCGAGAAAGGGUAUAUGAUGUCACCAAGUUCUUACGAGAUCAUCCUGGUGGUGAAGAUUUAGUACUUGAAUAUGGAGGCAAAGAUGUGACAUGUGUGAUGAAAGAUGUUGAUUCGCACGAACAUUCCGAAGCGGCUUACGACAUUCUGAUGGAUUAUUGUAUUGGCAGCGUGCAUUCCUUACGACAAUUCCACGAUAGCGAACGAGCCAAACUUCAUCGACAACGAAUAGCGGUAUUGGAAGAAGAAGUGGAAUACAAUACCUAUGGAGAGGAAGAUUUUGUACCAACAGAGACAAAUGCUAGUAAAGAUACACAAUUUUUAGAUUUACGCAAGGCCUUGAUUCCUCAGUUCUUCAACAAACGAUUCACCAAGACGUUUUAUUUGGAACAAGUCCACAAACCACGGUAUCUCCCUACAAGUGCAGUCUUUUUUGGUCAUCCUUUAUUAGAACCUUUAACAAAAACCGUUUGGUAUGCCGUGCCUCUUCUUUGGCUUCCAUUUGUGAUCUAUCAAAUCUAUCAAGCUUAUACUGAUCUCUUUUCCACUUUGGUCUUAUUUGUACUUGGCGUGUUUAUUUGGUCGCUUCUUGAAUAUGGCCUUCAUCGAUGUUUGUUUCAUUUUGAUGAUCAUUUGCCAGAUCGUCAAUGGGCUUUUUUACUUCACUUUGUUCUUCAUGGAUUUCAUCAUUUCUUACCAAUGGACAGACUUCGAUUAGUUGUACCUCCUGCUCUAUUUAUUAUCCUUGCUUAUCCUUGGAUUCAAUUGGCUCAUUGGCUUUUUCCUACAUUUAUAGCUCAUGGUAUAGUGGCAGGUGGUAUCUUUGGUUACAUUCUUUACGAUAUGACCCAUUAUUAUUUACAUCAUUCCAAAGUCAUAUCUUUCCAUUUUAAAGAAAUGAAAAAAUAUCACUUGGCUCAUCAUUACAAGGACUUUGAAGCUGGUUAUGGUAUUACUUCCAAAUUUUGGGAUAACAUCUUUGGUACUAGAUUAGAAUAUCAAUAAUAAUUUUGUAUAUAUAUUAUAGAAUAAACGUCGGUGUUUUUGUUUAACCGA